CUUCGGUCCUCGGCGUGGCCCCCUGGUGGUCUCGGGCCUGUCUCGGGGCGGCCGCGCGUGGGGCGGGCUGUAGGCCCUGGAGGUCGGCGCCCUGGUCAGCGCGGGCCUCCCGAGGCUGCGAAGAGGGGGCGUGGGGCGGAGGCAGAGGCAGCGCCGCCUGGGCCGCGUCCACACUGAAUGGGGGGAGACUGGGGGUCCCGAGCGAACGCGCGGGAAGGGCCGCGUUUGUGGGAGAGGCCGCGCUGGCUGCGGGGUCUCCAUCCUCGUAAUCGCCGAGGCGGCCCGAACGCGGCCCGGAAGACUGAGCGACAGACCCCAUCGGGCCCCGCAGCCCGGGGAGGCUCUACUGGAACAGAGCAUCUCUACUGAGCCGGAAGGAGGGGGACUCCAGGAACGGGAAUCUCACAGGGAAGAACCCCCGCUCCCUCCAGCCUCUGACCCGAGACCCAUCAGAGCUUCAGAAGAGAAGCGGAAGAAACCCAGAAAAGGAGCGUAUCGCCCGGCGGGCCGAGGCUUGAGUGAUUUCACCACCAUCAGCUAAGGGAAAAAGCCUGAAAGGGGAGAUGACUUGUGAGGAAUCGGAAUGCCUUCCCAGGUUUUGACAGUCUUCCAGGAACAACAGAAAAUGAACAAAUCCCAGAAGUGUGCUGACCAGGGAUCCGUGUCAUUGAGGGACGUGACUGUGGACUUCACCUGGGAUGAGUGGCUACAGCUGACCUGUAUGCAGAGGACCCUGUACCGGGAUGUGAUGCUGGAAAACUACAGUCACCUGGUCUCCGUGGGGUACUGCAUCAGCAAACCAGAGGUGGUCUUCAAGCUAGAGCAAGGAGAAGAGCCGUGGCCAUUAGAGAGAGCAUUUCCAUGCCGGAGUGAUCCAGACAGAAGCCAGGAAAACCAAGAUAAACAUUUGUGGCGAGUUUCACUCAUAAACAAAAAAACACUGACUAAGAAGAGAGAUAAUGUUUUCAGAAAAACACCCUGUCAAUAUGACUUACAUGGAAUGAAUUUGAAAAAUGUUUCAGAAUCCGUUAUUAGUGAUAAAAAUCAUUCAAGUAAGAACUCUAAUGAAAUUAAUGCAUGUGGGAAGUUGCUUCUUGAUAAUAAUCAAGAAAAUACUCAUCCUGGAAAGAAAUCUGAUGAACAUAACCAAGAUGGAAAAUCUCUAAGUCAUAAUAAGGACCCUACUGGGCAACAGAAAAUUCAGCCUCUGGGACCACCUGUUGAAGGUCAUGAAUGUGGGGCAGCUGUCCUUAGUGAGGCAGCCAUCAUCACACCUCAGAGGACCCAAACUGAAGAGAAGCCCCAGGAUUAUAAGGAACAGGGGGAAAAUACCAGUGACAAGUCAACCCUUAAAGUCCAGCAGGAAAUUCACACAAGGGAGAAUCAUUCUGAAGUUAAUGAGCGUGAGAAGUCAACCCUCUUUAAACAUCAGGAAGUUAAUGUGGAGGAGGAAACCCACGAAUCAAAUGAAAAUGAGAAUAAUUCCAGCAAGAAGUCCCAUCUCACUCAACUUCAUAAAACUCACACGGGAGAGAGAACAUUUGAAUGCAGUCACUGCAAGAAAUCUUUUUACCAGGAAUCCCACCUCACUCAACAUCAGAAAACACACACAAGAGAGGAACCAUGUGAAAGUAGUAAAUGUGGGAAAACCUUCCAGAAAUCACAACCCACUGACCCUCAGAGAACCCACACAGGAGAGAAACCCCAUGAAUGUGAUAAAGCCCCUGGAAAGUUGGCCAUUACUGACCAGCAGAGGACACAGUCAGAAAAGAAGCUUCAUGUAUGUAAUGAAUGCAAGAAAUCUUUUCGUCAUUGCUCAGCCCUAAAGGUCCAUCAGAGAAUUCACACAGGAGAGAAGCCCUAUCAAUGUAAGGAUUGUGGGAAGUCCUUCUAUGCAAAAUCAAACUUCAACCAUCAUCAGAGAACUCACACGGGCAAACCAUACGAAUGUAAGGAUUGUGGAAAAUCCUUCUGUGUGAAAUCAAACCUAACUAAGCAUCAGAAAACGCAUACAGGGGAGAAACCUUUCUCACAGAAGUCACAAUUUGCUGAUCAUCAGAGAACACACACAGGGGAGAAACCCUACAAAUGUACUGAGUGUGGAAAAUCCUUCUACUAUAAGUCAGCCCUACAAGUACAUCAGGGGAAGCAUACAGAAGAGAAACCCUAUAAAUGUACUGAAUGUGGGAAAUCCUUCUGCUAUAUCAGCCUGAUUGUACAUCAAGUAUCCCAUACAGGAAAGAAACGCUAUACCUGUAAUGAAUGUGGGAAAACCUUCUGUGUGAAGGCAAAUCUCACUAAACAUCAGAAAAUUCAUACGGGAUUGAAACCCUAUGAGUGUACUGAGUGUGGCAAAUCCUUCUCUAUGAAUUCGAUCCUCACUGUACAUCAAAGAACUCACAUGGGGGAGAAACCCUACGGGUGCAAUGAAUGUGAGAAGUCCUUCUACAAAAAGUCGGCACUCACUAAACAUCAGAAAACUUACACAGGGGAGAAACCACACAAGUGUAAUGCAUGUGAGAAAGCCUUCCUUAUGAAGUCGACCCUCAUUAUAUACCAGAGAACUCACACUGGGGAGAAACCUUUCAAAUGCAAUGAAUGUGAAAAGUCAUUCUAUGUGAAGUCACUACUUAAUAUUCAUCAGAGAAAUCACACAAGAAAGAAACCCCAUGUAUGUAAAGAAUGUGGGAAAGCCUUUUCUAUGAAGUCAAACCUCACUGAUCAUCAGAAGACACACUCAGAAGAGAAACCCUACGAAUGUAAUGAAUGUCAGAAGACCUUUCGCCAUAAGUCAACCUUAACUGUACACCAGAGAACUCAUACAGGGGAGAAACCCUAUAAGUGUAAUGAACGUGGGAAAGCCUUCUAUAUGAAGUCAGCCCUCAGUCAGCACCAGAGAAUACACACAGGGGAGAAACCUUACAAAUGUAAAGAAUGUGGUAAAACCUUUUUCCAGAAGUCACACCUCACUAAACAUCAGUGAACACACACAGGGGAGAAACCUUACGAAUGUAAAGAAUGUGGGAAAAAUUUCUUCCAGAAGUCACACCUCAUUGAACAUCAGAGAACACACACUGGAGAGAAGCCCCAUGAGUGCAAUAAAUGUGGGAAAUCUUUUAAGUCAGCCCUAACCAUACAUCAGAGGACUCACACAGAGGAGAAACCUUAUAAAUGUAAUGAAUGUGAGAAGUCUUUCUGUAUGAAAUCACACGUCACUGUACAUCAGAGAACUCACACAGGGAAGAACCUCUUUGAAUGUAAUAAAUGUCGGAAAACGUUUUAGGUGAAGUCAAACCUCAUUAAUCAUCAGAGGACCCACACAGGGGAGAAGCCCUAUGAAUGUAAGAGAUGUGGGAAAUCCUUCUGUAUGAAGUCAACACUCAUGGUGCACCAGCAAACACACACAGGGGAGAAGCCCUAUGAAUGUAAUGAAUGUGGGAAAGCCUUCUGCAAGAAGUCAACUCUCUCUAAACAUGAGGUAAUUCACACAUGAGAGAUACCCAAAGUGGCAGCAAAUGUGGAAAAUACUCCUGUGUAAAGUCACAUUUUGUCACACCUGAGAGAACUCACAGGAGAAACUAAGCUCUCUUAUAUCAGAGGACUUGUCAGGAGAGAGAUUCCCUGAGAACGUUAUUAGUAUCCACCUACAGAUCCACUAUAUGCUUCAGAGAAACCACAGGGGAAAGGCAUCAGAAGUAUUAAAGCAUUUACAAAGUCACAACUUACUGAACAUCAGAUAAUUGAUACUGGAGUAAAACUGUAUAAAUGUUUUAUGUACAAGCGUUCAAGAAGAAAACCAAACUUUAUUAUAUAAGGAGUUAAUACUGAGGGGAAAUCUAUCAAUUUAGGAAAUAUGGAUACUUUUUUUUCCUCCAGAAAUAAUGUAAUACUGGAAGUCAUGAUUCUCAUGUGGUACCAACUUUUGAAAAUGUGACCUAAGAUCUGUCUAAUGCUAAUGAUACUCGUUUUGUAAUAUGAAGCCUUUGGAAACACAGGUUGCAGCAGCAGAUUGACAGCAUUAGACACGUGAAGUGUACCUCAGGUAAGAAGGCUUAGGCAUGUUAGCAACAUAUCUAUGUUGUGUGUUUGAUUUACAUGGUGGAUGUCAAAAUGGUUGUCAGUAGGAGAUAUCUCCCCAUAGCUUAAUAAUUAUUAUGACAGAUUUCUCACACUAAAUGCCACCAGUGUUUGUAUUUUGGUAUACAGUAUACAUUUUAGGUGAAAUACUGACAGAUUUGAAGUACUGUACCACAACAUAUUAUUGAGAAAAUCGAAGUAUAGAAAACUAUCCAGCGUGCUACCUUUUGUGUAAGAAUUGAGAGGAUUCUCACACAUAUACACAAUUACUUAUUUUUGCAAAGAAAAACACUAGAAGGAUAAACUACAAACUAUCAAAUACCUAUGGGGGCAGAAGUGAACAGGAAGGUAGAGAUAGGGGUGGAAGCAAGGUUUCUUUGAUUUUACUUUUUUAUGGAAUUUUGACUUUUGAACAAAUGUAAAUGAUUUAUAUAUUCAAAAGUAAAAAUAAGACAUUCUGAAAUUGAGGGCUUCCCUGGUGGUGCAGUGGUUGAGAAUCUGCCUGCUAGUGCAGGGGACACGGGUUUGAGCCCGAGUCUGGGAGGAUCCCACAUGCCGUGGAGCAACUAGGCCCAUGAGCCACAACUACUGAGCCUGUGCAUCUGGAGCCUGUGCUCCGCAACAAGAGAGGCCAUGAUAGUGUGAGGCCUGUGCACUGCGAUGAAGAGUGGCCCCUGCUUGCCGCAACUAGAGAAAGCCCUAGCACAGAAACGAAGACCCAACAUAGCAAUCAAUCAAUCAAUCUUUUAAAAAAAAUUCUGAAAUUGAAAACAAAUCAACUUAAUAUCAAAUUGGCAACUCAACCACACAAAAGAAAUAAUUCUUUGAAGAAACUUCUGAACUCCAUAUUAUGACUAUACACCCUUAAUGGGAUGUGUUUAAGGACAAAAAGACCUGUAAAAAAUUAUGAAAUCAUCAAUUUUCUUAAAGUAUUGGUAUUUAUUUGAAUCUAUUUUGUAUAUAU